GGAGACUCUAAAAUGAUAUGAAAAUCGAACAAUUCUUCCCCAUGGGGGAAGAUACUGUUUUGAAUUUAUCAUUUUGCAAUAUUUUGAGACGAUGGAUACCACCGUUGCAACUACAGGUAUUGAGGUGAGGAGGGCGGCACGUGAUCAAAUCCUUCACGGUCCUACAUCAGGCCUCGCCGCCGGCUACCUUCAAGCCAACCUCAUCGUACUACCGGAACGCUUUGCGGAUGACUUCAGACAACUAUGCGCACGCAAUCCAGUGCCUUGCCCUCUACUGGCCGAAUCCGCUGCACCUGGGAGGUGGGAUGCGGUAGUUUCUCGUGUCCCUGGCCUCGAAUCGCACCGUAUGCUAAGCGACAUCGAUAUAAGGCGCGACGCUCCCCGCUACCUUGUCCUUGACGAUGGACAAGUCGUCGAUGAAUCCGGGUCUCUAGAUAUCAUGGACCGCUGGCAAGACGACCAUGUCGCAUUCUUGAUCGGCUGCUCAUUCAGUUUCGAAUCUGCGCUUUUGUUGGCCGGUCUGAAUGUCAGGCAUGUCGUCAUGGGACGAAAUGUACCUAUGUAUAAAACGAAAUUACCUCUUUGUCCCGCUGGCAUCUUCACAGGAGCAUCGUAUGUUGUUUCCAUGCGACCUUUCCGCGCCGAAGAUAUUGACGCAGUGCGAGCUAUCACCCGCCCGUAUGCUGCUACUCACGGCGAGCCAAUAGCAUGGGGCUGGGGCGCUUUGGAUACUUUGGGAAUUGAGAAUAUCGAUAGCCCUACCUGGGGUGAUGCCCCACUCACCGAGGACGGACGGCCUUUGGGAGAGCUACAAGCUUCGGGUGACGAGAUACCUGUAUUUUGGGGCUGCGGUGUUACCCCUAUCGAGGCGGUCAGGAGUGCGGGCCUAUCUGGUGUGGUUAUGUCGCACAGUCCUGGACAUAUGAUUGUGCUUGAUGCCCGGGACGAGGACAUUACUCAAGAUCUUGGAUGUGCGAAUGCUUUCACGUCAAGGCUAUGAGGUAGUUGCAUUACCUCAGGUAAUAAGCGGGAGAGAGGAUUAGGUAAAGAACUAUAAGCAAGAUAGAAACAGAGGGUUGGCACAUCCGGCUGGCCACCUGCUAGCUUUAUGUAUCUUAUAUUCCCAAGGUAUCUAUUUAAGAGUGUUCUGUAGGCAGUAAACAGUCCUAAAACCUCUCAAAUGCACUGUUGUGGGCAUAAAAUACUAACUCGUAGUAGGGAGCCAGCCUGAUGCGCCAACCCUCUGUAGAUCCCUGGCUCCAACCAACCAACAAUCAACUUUCCUCUUCACUACUUUAAUGAUAGGGCGUUCAACCAUAACCAUACUCAUUGUAUUAGUGUUUCUACUAUAUAACCAAG